AUGUGGUUAUGGAAGCAGGAGGAAAAACCGGAAAUUUUCAAAGUGUGCGAUCUUCGGUCAGAACUGGAUGGUAUAAAUCUGAUCCCGGAAACUCAGGUUCUUAAAUGGCUCAACUGGAUACCGAAGAAAAUAAAUUGCUUCCUAUGGAGAGCGGUGCUAGAUCGAAUACCAACCAGAGUCUCUUUGGCUUUGAGAAACAUACAUUUACCUUCGGUUCUCUGUGCAUUAUGCAACUCAGCUUCUGAAUCGGUUGACCAUCUAUUGAUCUCAUGUCAAUAUGCUCAGCUCGUUUGGACGGCGGUCUCGUUAUGGGUCAAAAUAUCACUUCCGAGAUACUUAUUGAGCUUGGUGGGCCUAAUGGAGCAUAUCGAGUCACAAUGUUCGUCACAAGAAAUAAAAAAGGCGGUUUACCUCAUUGCUGCAGCAACAUGUUGGAUUUUAUGGCGAAUUAGAAACAACUUAAUUUUCAACGGGAAGAUAACUCAGGUUUCAAGGGCUGUCGGCGAUAUUAAGGCUAUUUCAUUUUUUUGGGUCAAAGCAAGGGCUGGAAAAACAGACUUAGAUUGGAAGAAAUGGAGUGAAUUUAGAUGCUUUAAAUAA